AUGGUGAUGGAGGUGAAGGCCGACAUGGAGCGGAUUCUUGGCGGCGGGUUCAGCCUCCGGCUCAGCGACCGCGACGACCACGCGUGUGGUGCUGGCAGCGGCGGGCCGUCGCCGGGUGAAGACGACGAGGCCGACAGCGGCUGCGCGGUGAAGGAGCGGAUCGCGCGGGCGCUGCGGCUGUACAAGGACACGGCGGACGGCGGCGCGCUGGUGCAGGUGUGGGCACCGGCACCAGCGCCUGCGCGGGACGGGGAGCGGCGCCGCCGCCGCGUGCUGGCCACCCGAGGGCAGCCCUUCGUCCUCCCCUCGCGGUGCCGCCGGCUGCUCCAGUACAGGACCGUCUCCCUGGCCCACGUCUUCGCCGUGGACGGCGGCGACGACUGCACCUGGGAGGAGCGCGGGCUGCCCGGGCGGGUGUUCGACGCGCGCUCGCCGGAGUGGACACCCAACGUGCAGCUCUACGGCACCGGCGAGUACGCGCGCAUGAGCUACGCGCUCAUCUACGACAUCCAGGCUAGCCUCGCCCUCCCCAUCCUCGACCCCGCCGACGAUAGCCGCUGCCUCGCCGUCCUCGAGCUCGUCUUCACCACGGCGCCCGUCGCGUGCUUCGCCACCGAGGCUGACAAGCUCUGCAAGGCCCUCCAGGCAGUGUCAUUGAGAGGUUCAGAGAUCUGCCACCCCGUGCCGACCGAGACCUGCAACUCAGCAGCGACGGAGAAGGCCAUGUCCGAGGUUUCAGAGCUUCUGGCCGCAGUCUGCAAAGCUCACGAGCUGCCACUGGCACAGGCUUGGGUCAGGUGCCAACGCUGCAGCACUGACGAAAACGAUAAGCAUUUCUCCCUGACGACGGCCGGCGCUCUGUUCCAUCUCGCCGCCGACGCCAUGAACUACGGCGUGUUCCGCGAGGCCUGCGCCGAGCACCACCUGCGGCCUGGCCAGGGGCUCGUCGGCGAGGCGGCCAUGGCGGCCCAGCCGCGCUUCUGCACUGACGUCUCCAGGCGGUCCAAGGACGCCUACCCGCUCGCGCACUACGCCCGCAUGCACGGCCUGGCCGGCUGCCUCGCCGUGCCGUUGCGGUUGCCGCGGUCCACCAUGGCCGACGAUCACGGCCCGGUGGAGGAGUGCGUGGUGCUGGAGUUCUUCCUCCCGACGGACUGCAGGAGCGCCGCGGAGCAGAAGGCAUUGGUGGACGCCAUCGGCUCCACUAUCCGGGGCGAAUGCUCCGGUGGUAGCUUGAACGCGACGGCGAUGAACAGCCUGCAGGAUUUGUGUUUGGAGGUCGUUCUUCCAGAUGGUGAUGCUGCCAAUGAACUGAAUGGCCAUGGGGACUAUGAUACUAAUGAUUCAGACGAGGAGGACGAGCAUCUGGCCGUGGAUGUUGCCGACCGUGAUCAAGGAGCAAACAUCCACGGCACAGACCAGAACGGAGUCAACGAUCACAUGUCGCAACCACCGGAGAAGAAGAAGACAGGAAGGAAGGCCGGAAAACCUGUCAGUCUGAAGGUGCUGCAAGGAUACUUCUCAGGGAGCCUGAAAGAUGCCGCGAGGAGCCUCGGCGUGUGCCCGACCACGAUGAAGCGCAUCUGCAGGCAGCACGGCAUAUCGAGAUGGCCAUUUCGGAAGAUCAGCAAGGUGAGUCGGGCCCUCGGCAAAAUCAGGCGUGCCGCCAUCGAAUCGGUGGAUUGCUCACCAAAGCCGGCCACUGCCUCUUCGUCAUCUCGACGAGUUCCACCUCCUCAUCUGCCAUGCAUGUCAAGUGCUCUGGCAGAAGACACCUCCUCCCAGGGCUCAAGCCAAGAUCCUCCUCCUCGCACUAAAACCGCACUGGGCAAGUCUUUGCUGCAGCGUAGCAAUGGUGCGGCCGGGGAGUUGGUGACCAUCAAGGCGAGCUACAAAGGGGACAUCCUCAGGUUCAGGGUGCCGUGCUCCGCUGGCGUUGCGGCGGUGAAGGAGGAAGUGGCCAAGAGGCUGGGCCUAGACGCUGGUGCCUUCGAUGUCAAGUACCUGGACGACGACCAUGAGUGGGUGCUCCUGUCCUGCGACGCCGAUUUCCAGGAGUGCCUUGAUGUUGCCCCCGCAUCGGCGGCUAUGAGUGGCGGUACUGGAGUGGUGUUGCCAGUUGUCAGGCUGAUGGUACAUAGGAGCUCUUUUGGUAGGUCAGAUUAGCUGCAGAAUUACUUCUCAUGCCUUAACCAUACGGCUGUUACUGAUCAGGUUUGUCACUUCCUUGACGUGCUUUGGAGUCAGGUAGAGCUUUCAAAAAUUCUGCAGUCAUUUUGUAGUUUUGUAUACACAUGAUACAAUAUCUGAAUAACAGAAGGAAUGGACUUUUAUUGCUUAA